AUGACGCUGCCAACCUUUACGGAACACACCGAGAUCAAUGGAAAGAGUGUCAAUUCGAUGCUUACAUUGGCGGAAUCUUAUAAUAAAUCGGUACAAGAGGAAUCAACCAUGACACCUGAACAAUUGAAAACUCGAUAUGUUGGAAAACAGGUUCAAAAGCGUCAUUUAGAGGAAAAUUUGGAAGACAUAAUAUUGGCACUAGGAAUUAUGAUUGAUUCAGACAGUUUCAUAGAUACAAAUCAAAAAAAUAAAAUCCAGGGAUAG